AGGUAUGGACGUAACUCCUGGUCACCUAAGCUAUUCUACUAACAAACAUGAACGUUUCAAUGAGCCAUGGUUGGAUUUUUGCUUUCACAGUACAUUGCUACCUGGCAGCCCAUGGCAUAAGCGCGAUGACGUAAACAAGUCCGGAAGAAGCGCAUCUUUGUGGGUGAAACUUGCCGGCAGUCGCCUCUGAGCGCCCCACGCUACCUUGCCAGCCGUUCCCGAAGGAGCAGCCCGAGAUGGGAGCCGAGUGACCAGUACCUAUGCGGUGCUGACCAAGAUUACUAAGGCCUUUGCUGAAAAUAUACAGUUAUCCGAUGAUCCCAAGGAAAGGCAAAUGAUGUUCAAACUCCUGGGAAAUAACUUUGUACAAAACUAUUUUAGUGAAUAUCCAAAUGUUCCUAGUUUGCUGCAUCCACCAAACAUGAGUACAGUAGAUCAUGAGAAAAUGGAAAAAAAAGUGAAGCUGUGGCUUUGGAAUCAAUGGAAAAAAACAGCAGAGCAAUCAGGAUGUACUACAGAUGAUGGCACAGAAGAUAUCUCACCAGAAAUGACAAGUUUUAUAAAUCACACUUUCCAGCUGGUUGAGAAUAUAAUGGAUUUGUUUUUAGCCCAACAAGAAACAAAAAACAAGAGCCACUUUACAGGAAUGAAUGAUGGGUUUGUAUCAUGGAGAUCAUUUUUAAGGAAACGGCCAAAAUCAGUGGAAAGUAAAGACCUGCAUUUAACCAUUAACAGAACAGAAACAUUCUCACUCAACAGUAAUAAAGGAAUUUCAGGACAUCAGAUAAAACCACCACCUCUAAGCAGUGCUGGGGCUGAAGUGCUGGGUAAUUCAAUCUGUGCUAUCAUUUCAUUAGACUCAAGUACCAUGACUUCAGUCUGUGAUAGGCUUAAUGGACAACUUCUUCCAAGAGCUCUCAGACGGUUUAUAUGGAUGGAUAAACUUCUAAGGUCCGAAAAGAAUUUCAAAGAAGAAAAUACAAGCAUAAUAGAAAAGGAAGCAAGGGGACGAUAUGGAAGAACACUGGAACACAGAUGUUUUGAAUUAAAUCUAAGAAGUGCCACGCGCUCUCCAAUUUCAGGUCUUAUUGAGAAUGCUGUUGUGGAGGAAUUUGGAAACACUCCAUCCAUGUAUCCAUUUGCAUCAGAUGAAGACAGGAUUAAGGAAUCCAGCAGAUCAUUAAACAUUCUAUAUGUUUAUAAUGGUAUAUAUGAGCCCUAUCUAAUCCACCGGCUGUUUCCGCUUCAAAUGGCAUUUAGACAAACUCCAACUACAGCUGAGCAUCCAUAUGAAUUAUUUAUGUAUCUACAUCUUCUGAUUAAGAAUAUCUUCCCUUCAUGGCUGGAAAUUUUUGCAAUGGCUGAACGAGUCAUGGCUACCCUGAAGACAGAGGAUGUGGAGCUGUUUACUCAUCUAGAGCAUAUUUUUCCAAGGAAUGUGACUUUAAACCCAAAAGAUUUCUUAGUAGAACUGAUGGCUAGAGAGAGAGAAGAAGCUCUGAAACUUUAUGCAAGUAACUACAAGCCUCAAAGCUUGUCAAAGUUCCACGAGGAACACCUGGCAAGUCCAAUCAUCUUCCUUAGAAAAUGGAUGGGUGAGGGAUUUGUAAAUUCACUAGAUCUGCCUGCAGUUUUGCUAAUAUGGGAUCAAUUGUUUAUGCAAAACUGGAAUCGUAAUGUAAUGGAAAAUUUCUGCAUUGUAUUGCUUAUGUUAUUGAAAGAAUCAUUCAUGGCAGCCAACGAUUUUCCUGCUGUCAGACAGAUAUUUUUAAGUGGUGGAUAUAAUUUACUUACAGCUGAUAUACAAAAAUCUUGGAUCCACCUACAACAAGGAGGAUUACUUGCUGAUAUCCCUGGCAUGAAUCGAUUGAGCCAAAGGCAAGUCCGUGAACUGUCUCCAAGGAUCCAAGGCACAAUGGGUACUGGGAAUUUUAGAAACAUUUUGCCUUUUGGUGUCAAAGAUAUUGUACUGAAGAUCUUACAAAGGGACAGCUCUGAUACAUCUUUAAACACUUUUUUAAAAGAUUUUGAUCCAACUAACUUAAUGCUGACAUUAUCCGUAUAUUCUGGUCAUGUGAAGUUACAUUCAAAAACAAGUUAUUUGAAACCAAUUCUACGGGAACAGGUCACUGAGAAUCAAGCCAUCAGCAGUUUGUUUCUACUUAAUUUUAAUGAACUUUUAGAAUUUGAAUCUAUUGACCUAUCGGAUUAUACAAAUUAUACAGAAUCUGGAGGAAAUCCUUUUCUUUUAAUAAAAGCAUUUUAUAGUGAUGGAGAACAAGGUGUGCAUACACUUGGAUGGGCCAAAGUUGAUGCUUUUGAACAGGAAACAAGGAGCAGUCAGCUCAUAUGGAAACCCAGGGAGUUCUCGUCACUGUUAUCGCUUCAUUCUGGGAAGGAGCCAGAUAAUAUUAAUGAGUGCAAUUCAAGUGUCAGCGGAUCAGGAUCAAAUGAUUCAAGCAUUGAGUUUACUGUGUAUGAUCCAACAAAGGACUAUAAAAACAGCAUAGAUCAUACAGAAGAAGAAAGCAGGAAAGAAGAAGAUCUAUCACCUGUACCAGCCUGGGUGAAGCAUAAUGAAUUAAAUGUGUUGCCAACUCCUACAACAAUUGAGGAGCCCUUUAACUUAUGUAUUGAUGCUUUGCACUAUAUACCCGACUGUGCCACUAUAGUAAAAAUUUCAGCAAAAAUUCUAAAUUCGGGAACAAAAUCUGUAUCUGAAUAUGUGGCAUUCCCAAGCAAGGACAGUUCAGCCCGAAAUCCAGUGUUUAACUUCUGCCAAAAGCUAAACACUGAAGAUGAAAAGCUAAGUAUCAACGCCCAUGUUCUCUUUCAAGUAACUACAGUGGACCCACAUUCUGGAAAUUUGGUUGUGAUUGGAAACUGCAUGCUUCGAGUGUUUAAUAAUGAUGGAAAGCUUAACGUUGGAGGGUUUCAACUCAGGCUCAGAACCGGUAUACCAAACAAAAAACUACAAACUCUUGCACCCCCUGAUUUAUUGAAUUAUCCUGCUUUUCCAUGUUGUUCACUCUUGGUUCAACUCCGGCCACAUACUCAGCACCCAGAACCCAUGGCCAGCUAUACAUCGGGCUACUACUUUACGGAUGAUGCCAAACCAACAAGGUCAGAGCUUCAGAUUAUAUCCACAUUUCAGGAAGAUACUGUGUUCCCCAAGAGUGUAAAAGAUAUGGCAAAACAUUUCAUGGAGAAAGAGCAAAGCCAAGUUUCUGAAAACCAGUUGAAGGGCUGGUAUGAAGCAUGGUUAGGUGGUUACAAGUCAUCCGUGGCUCAGCCAUCCUUGACAAAUUGCAAUACUCACAAUGUGGUACGAUAUCAUCAGCAAGUUGGUCUGCGUGUGCGAAUAAAACAAGCAUUUGGAUUGGAAGGAGAUGGUCUAUACAUCAAUGCAUUUGCUAGAAUCUUAAAUGGACCACAGAGUAUUCAACUUCCAGAGAUACCAGACGGCUGGGGAGGGGAGAAGAAGCUGUUGACACAGCAGCAUGACUUCGCAAGUCUUCAGCGGUCACCAAGGUGGAUAGAUCCUUCAACGGUUCUUCAUCCUCAUUUAGAUGUUAACAGUGUGCUUCUAGUUCAAGUAUUUGGCAUGGCUGCUGCUUACAUUCCUUAUCCCAGCAAUGAUCAGCGUGGUCAUGUGAUAUCCCAUAAUGGACAAGAGAUUGAACUUCAGCCUCCAUUAGGAUGGGCUGUUUUCCCGCUGUUUGACAGGUACUAUGUGAACAGUGGCAUCCACAGUUCUCCUCUGUUUACAGGUCUUCCUAAUGCUGCCUUUCUACAGUCUGUAUCUGUGACAUCUGUAAAAGCAGCAAUUGAAGAGGGCUUAAAGAAAAAUAUAAUAUCGAUUAAUAAAAGUUAUGGAAGUAUAAUGGUUGAAAUUUGGGAUGGCCAUUAUUUUGAUGGUGAACAUCUCCCUUUACCAGUUAUCAAUGAUUUGCUUGCAGUAAGCAAUAUCAAGAAAUUCUUGGCUACUCAGAUGAGUAAGAAAGGCAAAGAAAUGUCUCUGUUAAUCAUAGAAAGCCUGGAUAAGAAACAGAGGAAAUUGCAAAGAAACAGUCAAGAAUAUCAGCAGCACCAGCGCUUUUACGAAGAGGCAAUGGGAGAGAAAUUUUAUGACCUUAUUGAGAUGGCCCUGCUGAAUGCUGGAUAUGGUCCUUUAUAAGCCAUCUGUUCUACAAAAUUACCUGGAACAGAUCUUAAACUGUAAAACACUGUACAUAGUGUUUCCGAAUAAAAACCAGUUGUGAAUUGUC